GGGCCCCUCCCAGUCUCCAGAGCCACCUCCCUUAGCAACCAGCAACCAUCUUGGCAACAAGACGCAAAGCUUAAGCAGGGGCAGCGUGACAGGACGCACGAACGGACUCAGGCCAGCUGUCCAGAGAGCCGGCCCAGCAUGGACACCGUGGAGGCCACCAUGGAGAAGCUGCGGGCGCAGUGUCUGGCCCGGGGGCCCUCAGGCAUCCAGAGCCUGGCCAGGUUCUUCCGAAGGCUGGACCAGGAUGGGAGCAGCUCCCUGGACUCAGCCGAGCUGCAGAGGGGCCUGGCUGAGCUAGGGUUGGUGCUGGAGCCAGCAGAGGUGGAGGCCGUGUGCAGGCUGUGGGACCGCGAUGGCAGUGGGACGCUGGACCUGGAGGAGUUUCUGCGGGCCCUGCGGCCCCCCAUGUCCCAGGCCCGGGAGGCCAUCGUUGCAGCCGCCUUUGCCAAGCUGGACCGCAGUGGAGACGGUGUGGUGACCGUGGAUGACCUCCGCGGGGCGUACAGCGGCCGCAGCCACCCCAAGGUGCGCAGUGGCGAGUGGACAGAGGAGGAGGUGCUGCGCCGCUUCCUCGACAACUUUGACGCCCAUGACAAGGAUGGGCAGGUCACCCUUGUGGAAUUCCAAGACUACUACAGCGGGCUCAGCGCCUCUGUGGACACCGACGAGGAGUUUGUGGCCAUGGUGACCAGUGCCUGGCGGCUCUGAGCAGCAAGCCCAGGAGCCCCCCCAACCCCCUUACCUGGCCAGGUGGCCUCAGGGCAAAGCCCAAAGGGGACUCAGGGGGAGGGGGGCUGGGCAGCAGGGCUGAAGAACCGGCUGGACCAGGUCUCCCGUUGGGCUGCCAGGCAGAUGUGGGACAGGAGGACAGCAGAGCUGCCCUCCCUUCCCAGCCACCACAGUCCCCAGGAAGCCAGGUGGGUGGGCAGGUCGGGACAGACGCUGAGCUUGAGGUCCACUGGGACACCUGGCCAGGUGUGGCGCUCACGAGGGUGGGGUGGCUGCCCCGGCUGCUGGGGGCUCUUGCCCUGCAGGCACAGGUGGCCCUGGCCGGCCUUUCCUUCCUGAGGCCCCUGGGGCAUGCAGGAGGCCAGGGUUUUAGUUAAAAGUUUUAAUGUAGUUCCCAAAUACAUUUCAUAUGACAAUCUUACAUAAAUGUUCCAAAACACA